AUAAAAAAAUUAUAAGAUACAUAGAUCAAUAAUAUGUUGGGCAAAAUAGCAGAAUGGCUGAAAAUUUUGGUGGUAUUGGCUUUCUUGUGGCCAGUGUUGGUACUAUGCAAAGGCAAUAUUCGUCAUUACAAAUUCAAUGUGAUGAUGACAAAUGUAACAAGAUUAUGCUCAACUAAGCCUACUGUAACAGUAAAUGGCAAAUUUCCUGGUCCAAGUAUUUAUGCUAGGGAAGAUGAUACACUACUUAUAAAAGUUGUUAACCAAGUUCACUAUAAUCUUUCCAUCCACUGGCAUGGUGUGAAACAACUUCGAACGUGUUGGGCCGAUGGACCGGCUUAUAUAGCCCAAUGUCCAAUACAGCCAGGAAAAAGCUAUGUAUACAAUUUUACAGUAAGAGAACAAAGAGGAACAUUAUUUUGGCAUGCACAUAUACUUUGGCUUAGGGCUACUGUCCAUGGUGCUAUUGUUAUCCUCCCUAAGCUUGCUUUGCCCUACCCUUUCUCAAAGCCCAAAAAGGAAGUUGUCAUCAUUUUAGGUGAAUGGUGGAAGUCAGAUGUUGAAGCUGUUGUUGAUGAAGCAACACAAUCAGGUUUGCCACCUAAUAUAUCUGAUGCUCACACCAUCAAUGGCCUUACUGGUCCUGUCUCUACUUGUUUAUCACAAGAAGGGUUCAAUUUCCAAGUGGAACCAGGCAAGAAGUACCUAUUGAGAAUCAUCAAUGCUGCACUAAAUGAAGAACUUUUCUUCAAAAUUGCUGGCCAUAACCUCACUGUGGAAGAAGUAGAUGCUGCCUAUGUUAAACCCUUUGAAACAGAGACAAUUUUAACAGCUCCAGGCCAAACAACAAAUGUCAUUUUAUCAACAAAUCAUAAAAAUGGAAAAUACUUAAUGGUAACAUCACCUUACAUGGAUUCACCAAUCUUAGUAAACAACAAGGCAGCUACUGCAACAUUACAAUACACAGGCACAAACAAUUCUUCCACAACAUUCACCGUGCCACCUCCUAGAAACGCCACCUCUAUCGCGUUUAACUUCAUGGAUUCACUCCAGAGCUUGAAUUCGAAAAGAUAUCCAGCAAAAGUCCCAAUCAAAAUCAAUCAUUCUCUGUUUUUCAUCAUUAGUCUUGGACUCAACCCUUGUGCAACAUGUUACAGGGGAUUUCGAAUCGUUGCAGCUAUUAAUAAUGUUACAUUUGUUAUGCCUAGUGUGUCACUACUUGGUACACAUUUUUUAAACAAAAGUGGAGUGUUUACUGAUGAUUUCCCUGGAAAUCCACAAAAUGUAUUUGAUUAUACUGGGGUUCCACCAGAAAAUUUGAGGACUAUUGAAGGGACUAAGCUUUAUAGACUUGAGUAUAAUUCUAAUGUCCAAAUAAUAUUGCAAGACACAGGAUUAUUGAGCCCUGAAAAUCAUCCAAUGCAUUUACAUGGAUUCAAUUUUUUUGUUGUUGGAAGAGGCAAAGGAAAUUUUAAUCCAAAAGAAGAUUUUAAAAAGUUCAAUCUUGUUGAUCCUGUUGAGAGGAAUACUAUUAAUGCACCUUCUGGUGGUGGUUGGGUUGCUAUUAGGUUCCGAGCGAAUAAUCCAGGUGUUUGGUUUUUUCAUUGCCAUUUGGAGGUGCACACAACAUGGGGACUUAAGAUGGCUUUUGUGGUAAAUAAUGGAAAUGGACCUAAUGAGUCUCUUUUACCUCCUCCAGAAGAUAUACCAAAAUGUUAAAAGUUUUUUCUAUAUUUUAUGUGUGUAUAUUUUCAGAUUUGAUUCUCUUGUUUAAGCAAGCAAAAAAAAAAAAAACCUGCUAUGAGUAAACAAUUUGCUUCUUUUUAAAAAAAGGUUUGAAUAUCAUAGGGUAAAGUUUGUAUUAUGUGAAUUUAUUUUAUGCUAAUGUUUUGUGAGAAGUUGUAAAUAAUAUUAGAGGUACUUGGCUAUUUUUCUAGUACAAAGUAGAAAAGUGGUUAUUUGUGUAUUUCACGCAUAAUGUAUAUCAACGAAGAAAUUGCAUAAUUUACCCAUAAAAUAGGUAACUUUUAAUUUUUUCUCUUCAAAAUCGAACUUAUACCUGUUGGGGCUUAAGUCUUUUAAGGGUACGAGGUAUAACUAGUAUGAUAUAAUGAUGCUAAAAUAUGAAUGUAUGGCCUGCAAAAAGGUUAUUUGCUUUGAUGAACAAAAAUGAAUGACCAGCACAAUUAUGGGCCAAAAGUGUAAAUGGCCCUAUAUCAUAUAUCUUACUGGGCCCAAAUGGACGUCAUGAACAAAAGCAUUUUGGUCAAUGUUCAGAUUCAGCCAAAUCCGUAGUGCAUAAGCUAAUUACUUAGAUACACUAUAUUUUGCAAUACUACAUAUAUUACAAUAUUUUUGUGUGUUCGGGUACGUACAAAAACAUUGCAUACAUGUAUCUUGGGGUUGAAAUUAGGUGUAAUUUAUUUCAGAUAAAUUGUAUUUGAGUGGAAUCACAUGAAUAUGUGAUACAUAAAUCUCCUAUGUAUUUUGUAUUACGGAUACAUGUGAAUCACACCAGAUACAUACAGAUAUAUGUAUUUAGUGUGAUUCACAUUUAUCUAGGAUAUAAAACAAAAUCUCGUUCGCCUCCCUCCUUAUCUCACUCUCCUCUCUCCCUAUUUCAGGAUAUUUAGUAGCAAAAAUACAUAUAUCUAAUUGUAUCUUCUUUAAUAUAUGAUAGAGAACUUUAAUUAGUUAUAAAACACAUGACAUUAUGGUAAUAAACAUGUCUAAUUAUGUUGUCUUUUUCCAUUAAUUAUCUUGUAGUGGAAUAUAUGGGCUAUUGGCCCAAUUCAAAGUAAACUUGGAUUGCAUGUAACAUCAACCUUUAAGGGGCUGUUUGGUUUAACACAAACCAAAAACAAAAUAAAAGCAAUACCCAAACUUUAUAAUACGAUUAUUUCUAUCUCUCAACCUAAAAAAAAAAAAAGGCAACACACAAACUUUAUAAUAUGGUUUAAUGUCAUUGUUUUCCACUUUCCACAACAUCUAAUGUGACAUUGCAUAAGUUAUGACCUUUGUACGUUGGAAUUGCACUUCCCUAAAAUGGAAAUUGGACAUGGAGAGA